UACCCGACAGUUGGAAAGUCAGUCGUAUAGCAUCUGAAUUUAACUGUUCUCGAAAAAUGGUACUGAAUCUUAAAAAUGAUAUCAGUGAAUCUGAGAAUGUUGAUUUAGACUCUGGUGAAAUGACUACUAAUACUUUGAAUCCCACAAAAGUUCCAGGCAAUCAGCUGCUUAAGUUAGAUGUAAAAAAACUUGUCAUUGAUUUUUAUGAAAGCGAAGAAAACUCAAAACAAUUAGCGGGCAUGAAAGAUUUUAAAUCUGUGAAGGAUUGUGAUGGAAAUCGAACUACACAUGUCGUAUGUGUUUGUACUAUUCAUCAAAAUGUAAAAUUGAUGUUAGAAGGAUGUAAUUUUCCAAAAUUUGCGAAAAACACUGAUUGGGUUGUAGAAUCUCAGCCAAUUUACAAAAAUUUAUUAAAUAAAUUAGUUUGUAACAAUCCAAAAGAAUCGUGCUUUUCCAGAAUGUGCAAUAGUUGUCCAAAUAAUGAAGAAAUCGCUGAUUAUUUUCGUUUGUCGUUUAAUGAAUCUGAUGUUAAUGAAAUCCAAUAUAAAAUGUGGACAAUCAACAGACCGUUGUAGUAUUGUGAAUGUUACUUCAGAUUUCGAAGACUUCAUCGAGACUUUAGUGACGCAACUUGAUAAGCUUUUGAAACAUGAUUUUAUUGCGAAAACACAAAGUCGAUUUUUUUCUGAUACAAAACUAAAUUUAAAGAGCGGGGAAUUCGCCGUAGUAUUUGACUUUGCGGAAAAUUAUGCAUUCGUUGUGCAGGAAGCAGCUCAAGGCUUUCAUUGGAAUAAUGAUCAAGCUACUAUAUUUCCAAUGGUGAUUUAUUAUAACGAAAAUGAUACUAUUAAGCAUUUGAGCUUUGUUGGUAUUUCAGAUUGUCUUAAGCACGACACAGUUUUAAUUUAUUUAUUUCAAGAGCAAUUGAUUGCCUUUCUUAAAAAGAAGUUUGCUGUCAUCAAUACAAUUUUUUACUUCUCUGAUGGAGCUCCACAACAAUUCAAAAACAAUAAAGCAUUUACAAACUUAUGUUAUCAUUAUGCUGACUUCGAAAUCAACGCUGAGUGGCAUUUUUUUGCAACUGCCCAUGGCAAAGGACCAUGCGAUGGUCUUGCGGGUUCAUUAAAACGAUAUGCUGCUAGAGCUUCAUUACAAAUGAACAAUAAAGAGCAUAUACUGAAACCACAAGAUUUAUUUUCCUGGGGAACGAAAAAUUUUACAAGCGUUGACUUUACUUUUAUAGCUAAUGACGAUUAUUUAAUAAAAAAAAUGUGUUAGACGUACGAUAUUCUCAAUCGAAAACAGUGAAAGGUACACAGUCAUUACACACUUUUGUGCCUUUAAAAGAUGAAAUUGGAUAUGCUUUCAUUAAAACUGUGUCCACAUCUCAAAAAAG